GUGAUAAUUUUUUAUGAUUCUUUUAGAUUAGUUUUUUUCUUGAUUGCAUAUGAACUCCAGUUAGUAUUGCUCCUUUUUUGUUGAUUAGUAGAAUCUUGUACAUCCUAAUUUACUGAUCAACAGUAAUACACUUAGAAGCACCUGAUAGUUUAUAAAUUAUGUUUUUCUUCUCCUGGCAAAUAUGUUUGAAGACUGAGAUUUAGUUUGUUUUGUCAUUGGUUAUCUAAUUGAAGUAGGGUUUUAGGUUUUUGGUUGGUGUAUUUAGAUUUUAGAAAGGGGUAUGUGUGUUUAAGCUGAGGUUUUUCUUGUAAGUAACUUGGCUAUUGGUUUACGGAUCAUAGGAUAUGAACAUGAUGAGACUUGAGAUGAUUAGUUUGGGAAUUCUGAGUUGAUUUUAAUUCUUAAUUCUGAACAGUGGUAAAGUUUUUUAGGGGAAUCUGAAUCUCCUUUAAAUAUGUUUUAACUUUUAAAUAAUUUUCUUUUGACAUCAUAUGAAUGGGUAUUGACGGCAAUCUAAGGCUGCGGAAACUAGUUGCCAGACCAAGGAAAGUAAAGAACAAGUUGACUGCCGAGGUUUAGAUUCGUUGGCUAGUUUUCUGUUGAACUGUUUUAAGCAAGAGGUCCAAUGGAGAAAAAAUCUGUAAGAUGUUUGAUCAACAGUAUAUCCCGCUUCAUUCUCUUAGUUGCAUGCCAUACUAUGGACUCUGCAAUCAUAGAGAGGGAUUAUGUAAACAUGGUUGGUUUGUUAAAACUUUUGAAGUCGGUGCUGGAUGAAAUAGUUGAUUCCUCGGUUCCUUUGGAUGCAAACCUCGUUAAAGAACUUGAGGAAUUGGAUGUAAUUGUUAAUGAGGCCAGAGAAUUCUUGGAGAAGUGGUGCUUAAAGAUGAGCAAGACAGUCAGUGUUCUGCACAGUGAACCUUUGGCGGUGAAGGUCCAGAGUUCCACAUUGGAGAUCAUAAGCAUACUUUGUAGACUCCUACGGGCAUCUCCACUUGGUUCACAUUUAUCAGCCAUUCAGAAAAAUAUGCAAGAAUUUCAGUAUCAGGAGCGCGAUAGAAUAUCACUCGUCAUAGAGGAGGCUCUGGGGGAUCAAAAGGAAAAUCUUGUUCCUUGUGCUGAGCAUCUAAUCCGAAUUAUGAGGGCACUUAGUUUGACAUCAAAUCAAGAGUUGCUGACAGAGAGUAUGGCCUUGGAGAAGGCAAGAGUUAAGACUCGAUCCUUGAAAAAGGAAAAUGUGUUAGACCUCAUUAACCAGAUUGUCACUCUCAUCUCACAUGUUCGUGAUUGCAUAGUUGAACUCGCCUUAUUUGAAGAAACACCUAGGGUUCCACCCGUCCCUUCGUAUUUUCGUUGUCCACUGUCUUUGGAACUUAUGUCAGACCCUGUAAUAGUUGCCUCUGGACAGACCUAUGAGAAAUCUUUUAUUCAGAAGUGGCUAGAUCAUGGGCAUAAUAUAUGCCCUAAAACCAGGCAAACUCUUACUCAUACAAAUCUUAUUCCAAAUUAUACAGUGAAGGCUCUAAUCGAUAAUUGGUGCGAGGAAAACAACAUAAGUUUUUCCAAUAUCAGCAAGAAGGCUAGCAAUGAGACACCUUCCCUCUCAUCUCUAUCUCAAGAAAUCAAUCAUGUAAGUAGCUUAUCUGGUUCUUUACAUAGUAGUACUUCCUCUUCAAGGUCCUCUCAUGGAAUUCAGAAUGAGCCUGAGAAGCGAGGGGUGGAGUUGUCAUCAUCAGGUAGAUACAGCAGUGUCACUGAGGCUUCAGUGGAUGUCAUAUCUGAAGGUCCGUCGUUUUCUCCUUUACAUAGAGCUUCUACAUUUUCACCAUCCCCAUCAGAAGAAAGAUUUCAUAGAUCGGAGUCGAGAAUAUCAAUGAAUGAGGAUGGAAACAGUAACCAUCAAAGAAGUCUGUCUCUUCCAUCUACAGAUUCUGGGUCUGAUGACUUGACCUCUUCUUCCCAUGUUAAACAGCUAGUUGAAGAUUUAAAGAGCCAUUCAACUGAAGCACAAACUGCAGCUGCGGUAGAGUUGCGGCUACUUACAAAGCACAAUAAGGGGAAUCGCGUUAUUGUGGCCGAAUGUGGGGCCAUAGCACCAUUAGUUUCACUGCUGUACUCGAGGGUGAAGCUCACUCAAGAGCAUGCUGUGACAGCUCUUCUGAAUCUAUCCAUCAACGGAGAUAAUAAGGUAAAGAUUGCAGAAGCUGGGGCCGUGGAACCCCUUAUUCUUGUUCUUAGAUCGGGAAGCGAAGGAGCCAAAGAGAAUUCUGCCGCUACUCUUUUCAGUCUCUCUGUUUUGGAGCAGUACAAGAUUAUGAUUGGACGUUCCGGUGCAGUGAAGGCCUUGGUGGACCUUCUAGGUACUGGAACUCUAAGAGGAAAGAAAGAUGCAGCUACAGCCUUGUUCAAUUUAUCUAUAUUUCACGAGAACAAAGCAUGGAUAGUUCAAGCUGGAGCAGUAAAAUACCUCAUCAAGCUGAUGGACCCUGAUUCAGGGAUGGCUGACAAAGCCCUUGCUCUGCUUGCAAACCUAUCAAUGAUUUCAGAGGGACGCUUAGAAAUUACUCGUGAAGGUGGGAUUCCUUUACUUGUUGAGGCUAUAGAAGUUGGGUCUCAAAGGGGAAAAGAGAACGCUGCCUCCAUUGUAUUGCAAUUAUGCCUUAGCAGCUACAAGUUCUGCAGCCUAGUUCUGCAAGAAGGCGCUGUGCCACCUCUUGUUGCAUUAUCUAUGUCUGGUACACCAAGAGCCAAGGAGAAGGCACAACAAAUACUUAGUCAUUUCAGGGAUCGGCGCGAGGGGGUUAAUGGGAAGGCAAAAUCAUGAUAAAAGGCAUUCGAUUAUUUGGUUGUUUCCAUGCUUCAUAAAUCGUGAGCUUGGUUUUUCUCCAAAUCUAUAUGGCUUGAAGUAGCAGAUCUGGCAUUGAUUUUGUGAAUUAGUUUCCUGUUGUAUGAUGAACACUGAAACCGAAAAUGGAGCUGUCAAGCAGCUUCUUAGUUUCGUUAUACAUAAUGUUUGUAACUGUACUAGGCCUUCAAUUAGAAGUUAAGGAUGCAUUUGUAAUAUAUAUCUUCAAAAUCUGUAAUUUUUUUUAAAUGAAUUAAUACAUGUUAGUUCAUUUUUACACUACAAAUAGGAUAACCUCAUUGGAGUUUUUGUG